ACUUAACUCGCAUUACGUGGCUCGUCAGGGUCUUGGCCACAAAGUUGUCAGGCGCCGAAAGAGUUCUUCACCAAUUCCAUCUUCCUGUAUCAGUGCACUUGCACCAUAAAUAACUCGUCAAAAUGGCACAUCGCACGCUUGGCCGCGCAGCUGCGCGGGGAGCGCAAACACUUCGCAGCCUUCGCCGUGCCACGGUGUUGCCUGCGGAGCUUGCAGACGGACACGGGCCGAGCACAAGCUAUAGGAACCUGGUGCAAUGCUCGGUGCUAGGAAAGCCUCGGGAGGCGUGGCGACUCGGGACAGCGACAUCGCCGACCAAAGGCUACUCCGUCGUCGGCGCGGAGCAGCAGCACAAGGCGCCCACGCAGCCACUGCCCGACCCCGAGGUCAUGAACUUGGUUGAGGCUGCACUUGGACCGCUCGACACAAAGCCGCUGGCGCCCCCUUCUCGGCCGGUUGUGAUUGUGAUCAGCGGUCCUAGCGGUGUGGGCAAGGACGCGGUGUUGAACCGGCUCAAGGAGCAGCGCGAGGACCUGUACUUCGUGGUCACUGCCACGUCCAGGCCCAAGCGUGCUGGCGAGGUGGAGGGUCGCGACUACUUCUUUGUGAGCAAGGACAAGUUCGAGGGAUGGAUCGCAGACAACAUGUUGCUCGAGUACGCGGUGGUGUACGGCGAGUACAAGGGCAUCCCGCGGCAGCAGGUGGACGCGGCGCUGGCGGCGGGCACGGACGUAGUGCUGCGCAUUGACGUGCAGGGCGCCGCCACUGUGAAGCGGCUUAUUCCGGACUGCAUCUCCAUCUUUGUGACGGCGGACAGCGAGGACGUGCUGGUGAAGAGGCUGGUGGCGAGGAAGACGGAGCCGCUGGACAAGCUGCUCGUGCGUGUUAAGACGGCACGCGCUGAGAACGACCACAUCAAGAACUUCGACUAUGUGGUUGUGAACCGGGACGGCGAGCUGGACGCGUGCGUGGCGGAGGUGUCGGGCAUUAUCGAGGCGGAGAAGGCGCGUGUGGUGCGGCGGCACAGCAGCCACCAUGGCGGCCACAACAACCACCAUCAGGCGCAGGGACAGAACCAGAUGGCGCCUUAGGCGCCCGGGCCCACCGGAGGCAAAGCUUGUGGCGGCGAGGUCUGCGAAGUUGCAAGGCUGUGUAAUGCAGAUAUUCAGCUUAAUUGCUGAUGUUGUGCGCAUACGUGAGCGACAUGCCGAAGCAACGUACGGGGCUCCUUGCAAAGCCAUGGCGGCGAGCGGGAGCGGACAUGGAGUGGGAGGGUGGGAGCGUGGGAGGGUGGGCGCUAAGGCUAAGGUGCAGGUCGUAGACCUGUGCAGCUCUGAUGGCGAUGAGUGAGGAAGGGCAGGAUUGUGAGCCGCAGGUUGCCCUGUGGUGAUGUAGAAGAGCAAGAAAUGAGGGAUGACUUCACGACCAUGACUUUGUACCAUAGCUUGACCAUGACAGGGCCUUGGACAUUCUAAGUUUCUAACACACCUGGUGUGCGUGAGAGUGGAGAGGCAAGGGAUCGCGUCAGUAGGGUGUGAGUGAGCGGGUUGGCUAAAACACAGUGGUUAGCCAUGGUGGUUAGCGUACAUGCUGAGAUGCAUUAAUCGAAUGAGUGAUGUGUAAAGUUUGGCCGGCUUGCUCACAUGGGUGUAUCUCUGCUUGGCACAGCCUACGGGGACUGGGAGCAAGGGGCUCGGGGGGAUGAAAGGCGUGGUUGGUGGGUGAUGUGCGGGAUGUGGGCCGCACGGAUCCUGUGGUGUUUUGUCUCUACCGCUGCAAGG